AGCAAAAAUAAGUUUAUUAACUACAAAAGAUAGAGUUUAAGUGAUUAUAAGUGAUAGCAAACAGAUCAAAGCAGAUUACCUAGUAAAUAAACAAAAACACAAGCUAAGCUUAAUAUACUAGAUAGACUGGAUAUGAAUUAGCAGAUUUUCACCCUAAUUGAUGGUACAGGCAGGCUACAGAUUUUUAAGGGGCAAGCUGCACUUGCUUUACAGCUUAGAAUCCCCAGGUCUUUUAUACACAGGCUAGAAAUCCCUUUAGCCUGGGUCCAACACUUCCCCCAGUUCAGUCUUUGUUCCCCAGGUGUUUCCAGGAGUCUCCUUGUGUGGGGAGUGAAGAACAACAGAUGAUGUCACUCUCUGCCUUAUAUAGCUUUAGCAUAUGGCAAGAACCCUUUGUUUCAAAACUUGGUUCCCAGACUGGUUUAUGGAAAAAUACUGACAUCCCAAGAUGGAGUCCAGAAUCAUGUGGCCUGGUCACAUGUCCUUGCAGUGUUAUAGCUGCCAUUGCUUACAGGCUGUGCAAAACGCCCACAGGUAGGUUAAGCUAUUCCACAGACCAUUGUUUUUGCUGAUGGGCCAUCAGCCACAUCCGGCUUCUUCAUUGUUGUUCCUGAAAGGCUGGCUGUGGGUGUUUUCCAGAGUAAGCCCAUCUGAAAUACAGAUCCCUAAGCAAUUUUCAUAACUUCAGAUACAAAAAUGAUACAUGCCUACAAACAGGAUAAUCAGAUUCAGCAAAUCAUAACUUUUUCAAUGACACCUCACAAUUUAUCUUGUACAAAAUGCAUCAUAAUUAUGCCAUAAUCCUAACAUAAUAAUAUCACUGUGAAGAAUAUGGGUGCAGUGUUACAACUGUGAUCCAGAUCCUGAGCUGUGGUCAAGCUGUAUUGGGCACAGCUCAGUGGUAGGGGGCAGAAGCUGAUUGCAAUGGUCCUUUUAAGCACUUAUAAGCACCUUUGAGCCCCCGCCCCCCCUGAUCCUGGGGCUGUCCAGCAAAAGGAAGGGCCAACACCCAUCUGAAAUAUCUAAUAUUUCUUUAUGUCUUUCCCACCUCUAAUUUUUAGAUAUAUCAAGAGGGUUCAUCAUGCUGAAGAACCGAUUCAGCAUCAAUCCAGGCUUGUCAGGGAAAUUUUCAGAUUUUCGUAGGUCUUUGUAUCUAAGCUACAUUUUAUCACCUCCUCUCUCUUCCCUUUAUCUACGUAAGGUUCUUUCCAGAGUCACACGUAACAGCUCCAUUUAUAAUUUACAAGUUAUAUUUUCAAAAGAGUGGAUUGACUAUGCACUACGGGUUAAAUCCACUCACUAUGCACAGAGCCCAGGUAAACAUUUUUUGUGCAGGGAACUACACAGGACUUGGGGGAAAGAAUCUACUCCCACCCUAUGGGGGGAAGGGGAAGGGGAGAGAGAACAUGCAGCCUCUCCCACAGCCACAUGCCAUGGCCUAUAAUUCUUGCUGCAACCCAAGCAGGUCACUCUCCCUUGAAUGCUCCAUUACAAUAUAUGCUAACUACUUACGCUAAAAAAUCUCUUUCACCAUGCAUUUUGCUGUGAUGCUGGGAGUACCUUUCCGAGCCCUGAGGAAGAGCUGUGUGUGCAUAGGUGCCAAUUUUCUUCUUUCUGGGUGGGUGCUCCCCCCUCCAGUUUCUGCCCUGAGGCCCCACCCUCCUCCCGCUGCUUCCCACCCCAUUCCCUCCCCCCGCGCCUCCUGCCCACUGGUGCUGCCAAACAGCUUUUUGGUGGGGCCCGCCGAGCAGCUGAUCACUGGGUGGCUGGUGGGUGCUGAGCCCUGGAGCACCCAUGGAGUUAACGCCUAUGUCUGUGUGGAUCAAACGUUUGUCUCUCUCACCAACAGAAGCUGGUCCAAUAAAAGACACAUCACCCACCUUAACUCUCUAAUAUCCUGGGACCAACAGGGCUACAACUACACUGCAUACCUCUUUGCUGUGUGGCAAUUAGCUCUGCGUAGCCAUGGACCUUCUACUGCAUUGCUCCAUUCCCAGUCUACUCCCAAUCUUAGGGUUUGUGUAUACUACAGGUUAUGUCAGCGUAAUUUAUGUUGUUCAGGGGUGUGAAUAAGUACCCCCUUCUCCCAAGUGACCUAAGUGCCGGUGUGGACAGUGCUACGUCUGCAGAGCUUCUCCCAUUGACAGUAUCACCUCUGGCAGAGGUGGUUUUAUUAUGCCAAUGGGAAAGCUCUCUCCUGUCGGCAUAGAGCAUCUAGAAGCAGUGGCACUUUAGCCACUGGGCCCACAUGGCCCAUGCCCAGGGCCCUGGCCAAUGGGGGGGGCCCCCGAAAAAUGGGUGCCCCUGUGCCUCAACCUGCUCUGCCCGCGCGGCACUUCUGCCAGGGAGUGGGGUUGGGGCGCUGGGGCUUGCCCCUCUCCGUCUGCCUGGCGCUCCUGCCAGGGAGUGAGGUCAGGGCACGGGGUCUUGUCCCGCUCCCUGGCAGGAGCGCCGGGUGGGCUGAGGAAGCGCCUGCACCCCGACCCCACUCCCUGGCAGAAGCGCUGGGUAGGGAGAGCAGGUUAUGGCGCAGGGGUGCCAAUUUUUCCAGGGCCACAGGCCCUGGGCACGGGCCAUGUUGGCCCAGUGGCUAAUUCGCCACUGCUUCUAGUAUAGCUAGUCCUUACUUACAUCCUGCAAUAUGCUAGCGUGGAAAGGGAGCAGGAAUCCAGAUGGGGGAGAGGUGCUACAAAAGGAACUACCCGAGGGGCGGCAGCAUCGGGAAGGAUUGUGAAGCGCUGGAUCCAGGUGGGUCACAGGCCGAGCUGGGCUGGCAGGAGCUCCGAUGCCCGUAACAUGGGGGCGCGGUGCCAGCGCAGGGUGAGACCCAGUAGGGCUGGAAACGGGAGCCAGCCCCAUAGGGUGCGGCGUCUCCCCGCGGGGCGCCUGUGCACGGUCUGGGUAAAACAGGGGCACCCCGACCAGCGCGGCGGCUUCCCGCUGGAGUUUGUUUCCGGAGCGCGGCACAAGGCUCCCGGGGACAGGGCGGAGAGUCAUUCCCCAAGGCGCCGGGGGAGGGAAGCCGCUGCCCCAGGGGUGGGGACGCUGACGGCUGAGAGAGCCCAGCCCCUGCACUCCCCCUGCGCUGGCGCGCUCGGGCUGGGCGGAGGGGAGGCGUCAUUGCGGGCAGCCUGCCCCUGGAAACACCUCCCCGGCGCGUCAUUGCCGGGAACGGGAGACCAGCUGCAGCCGCUAGUGCAGCUGCCUGCUCGUCGGCGACUCCGCAGGCCCGGGGCUGGAGCGCGCCGGGGGACCCGAUCCACGCCCAGCAGCGCCGGUCUGGCCGGCCCCCACCCCUCACUAAGAACUUCUGUGGGUGAAAUUUUGACAUUUUCAACGACAUCCUCGCCAUCACUUUCGCGGUCUGAUGUAGCCUUGCAGCCCAUUAAUAUUUCUUCCUCGGACAGAAAUUCAGAAGUCGGGCAAUCUUCAUCCAUCUCCAGCCACUCGGGUUCAAUGGAUUUAACAAGUGAACUAUAUUCCUUAAAAGAUGAUGCUAUGAAUAUUGCAACCGGAAAUAAAAUGGAGCAAGAAGGGUUUUCCCUUCAUUCCUGGUGCUCAGCCCAGCUACAAGUUUUCUCUGAUCUGAAAGUUACUGACCAUUCUGGCGCACAGACAGAUGAGAUUGACAAUCUUAAAAAAGAACUAGAAAAAUGGAAGGAAAGGCUUGAAAAAGCUGAAAAACAAAAAGAUGAGCUCCUUCUUUUGAAACUAAGUGCUGAUGAAAAGAGAGACCAGGCACAAGAUGAGCUGAGAAAGCUAAUGCAUUUCGAAGAGGAGCAAUAUAAGGAAAGCAUUAUAAGAAAGGAAAACCAGGAGAGAAAUCUUACUGUAGUAAAGGAACAAAAUAUUGAGCUGCAGAGGGAGAUUCAGAAGCUCAGAGAUGACCUUGCAGCAAAGAGUUCAAAGCUUUCACAGGAUUUUCGGAUUAAAAGAGAGAUACAGAAAAAGACAAUGAAGUUUACUGGGAUGAAAAAUGCUGAGAGUGAUGACACAUUUUUGAAUACUUGCUGCCUUUUUCACAUAGCUGCAAAAAUUCCAUUCAGAUUGCAGCAAAGACAAGCUCUUCUCACUUUUGAAGAGGAGGAUGUUGCCCAGAAACUGAUAAGAAGAGGUAAGCAUACUGUGAGCCUGGAUAAUGAAAAGAUAGAGUUGAAAGCAAUGCCGGUUACACUAGAAACAGGAGUCAAAUUUGAGCUCCAUGUCACAAUUUCUGGAGAGAAGAUCAAUCUUUCUGAAGUACCAGAUCUACCAAUACCUGAUGAGUGGAUAAGAGAUAAAUUAGAACUGAAUUUCUACAAAUCCAGACAAGGAGGAGGAGAAGUAAAGGAUGUGAGAUAUGACAGAAAGUCUCGCACAGCCAUUAUUACAUUCCUCAAACCUGGAGUUGCUGACAACUGUAUGAGACGUACAAAGCAUCCUUUCUGCAUAAAUGAAAAGCGCUUUAUGCUUUCUAUUUCCCCAAGCAUAGAAAAGCACUUGGAAAAAUUUCAGAUAUUUUCUGGGAUUUCCAAGAGGACCAUACUGCUGUCAGAAAUUCAAGAGGUUGAGGAGGAUGAGGAGAGCAUGCAGGAUAUGAUAGAAAUUCAUUUUCAGAAGCCUAGCAAUGACGGCGGGGAAAUUGAGAACAUCAAAUAUGUAGCAACAGGAACCAAACUAGCCUAUUUUGAGGAAGAUACUGAGAAUGUGGCAUGAAGCUUUACCGCUGGGGCUUUCACUUUGCCCAGUGUGACAUAGUAUAAUGGAAAAAUGUUGCAGACUUUUAGUCUUUUUAAUAUCUGUGCUUUUUAAUCUUCAAAAUUUACACUUGAAAAGAAGAACUGCCUGCCUUUCCUUCCUUUCACCUGCGUGAUGACAAGACUCUUAGAGUAUGUCUACACAGCCGUUAAACACCUGCUGCUGGCCUGGAUCAGCUGACUCAAUCUCAGGGGGCUUGGGCUGCAGGGCUGUAAAAUUGCGAUGUAGAUGUUCAGGCUCAGGCUGGAGCCCAGGCUCUGGGACCCCGCAAGGUGGGACAGUCCCAGAGCCUGAACAUGUACACUGCAAUUUUAAAGCCCCACAACCUGAGUCAGCUGACCCAGCCUAGCCUCUCAUAUUUAACUGCUGUGUAGACAUACCUUCACGGUCUCGAGAGCACAGCUAUGUGAAACUCACUGGUUCUGGCUUGUAGAGGUUCCUUGUAAAGUUCAGCAAUAAAUAUUAUGCAAAGCGGAGAUCUCCGUGCAAAACUCAUCUGAAACCUUAGAGUUUGCUUAAUGUACGUGGGUCCACCAAACCCCUUAAUCCCUCACCAGCACCUGAAACUUGAUCAAGGUUGCUUUCUGCAAAUCAGAUGUGAGUUUUGCAUGAAUAACAAAACCCAAAACUUGAUAGAUUUUUCCUAGUUGAGGUUUUUGUUAGGAAAGCUUUACAUCACUGCUCAAAAGUAAUUUAAAGUGUCUCUCCUUCAUACAGUGUAUAGCCCAAUAGGACUCCAGUCCUGAUCAGAUCCUUUGGUGCUGCCAUAAUACAAGCAACUGAUAAUUAUUCUGUAACUUUAUAGGACUCUAUAAUCAAAUUAGCUAUGGAAUGUCAAUAAUGAAGAAAGUGAUAUGUAGUUUUUCAAAUGUGCUUAUGAUCAAAAA